AUGCUUUUAUCGUACACUUGCCUCAAUCAUGCCUGCUCCUCACUUACACUUUUCAAUGUUCGCGCCGAAUUGCUGAUACAUCCAUCUAGCAAAUCACACAGGCUCUACUUCAAGGGAAUGGGCAACAUAAUGUCGGUAUCUUUCGCCCCGGAGUGCACCGACGCAAAAACAAAGUACGAUGACUGUUUCAACAAGUGGUACACGGAGAAGUUUUUGCAAGGGAAAUCGCUUCACAACGAGUGCACUGAGCUCUGGGACGAAUACAUCACCUGUGUGAAUACGGCGUUGGCAAAGCACAAGAUCAAGCCAAUGUUGGAUAAGGCAAGAGCAGACCAGCCUUUUGGCGAGGACCUACUGGAAAAGGACAAGUAA